CAGAAGCCAAAUAAAAAUAAAAUUGUUGAGAAAUCUGUUACUUUUUGUCGAUUUCUUGAAAUAGGUCUUGUUAGAAGCUUUCAUCCUUUUGCAUUUUGAGGAACCAUGGCAAAUUUACUGAAUGGUAAAACAGCAACCCUUGAAGUGUGCCCUACCAUUGAAGAUCUCUCAUCAGAAAUGAAGAAAAAUGUACCAUGUCCUGUCACUGGCUGUGAAAGGACCUUUAACCAUGACAAUGCACUUAGAAUGCACGUUAUCAAGACUCACAAAAUAUUUCAGGAUGAAAAGGACAAUGCAUUUUUCCAUAGAUUUAAAACAAAGAAUCCGCCAUGUGCUUAUCACUGUCCUGUGGCUGGCUGCAAAUACCAAAUGGGUGCGGAAAGAUACUUCAAUUCGUAUGCAACACUCAAACAGCACUUCAAGGUUGUCCACAAGGAAAAGAAGUUCAUCUGCGACUUCUGUGGUUUUAAGUUCGGAGUAGAGAGUGCCAUGAAAAGACAUAAGAACACAUGCGGUGUAAUCUUCAAAUGUGGAACGUGUGGAUGUCCUUAUGCAACUAGAGAGGCUCUUCUAACACACUGCAAGAGAAAACAGCACAUUGUUCCUGAAAAUCAUACGAAAAUUACAAAUAUGAUAUCAGCACCAGCACAGGUACAAGAUUCACAUGAAAACGUUGCUGUUGCAGCAAUUGUAGAUACAAAGACAGUUGAUUCUCAGUUCGAAAGUAUGGCCAUAGAUUCUGGAUGCGUUACUGCUUCAUUUAAUCAACUUCGAGCAGGUGACAGUGUCGAACAAGACAACUUUGUAAACAAUGAACAAAGACGUGUAGCAUUAGCUCCAAAUGCCAAACGGAACACUGAUAUGGAGAAUCAGACACUUACUUGUAGUAGAGCUACUGGAAGUCACUGUAGUUUGAUCGUAGGGAGUCCAAUGGAUGUGAAUAAUGAGACACAAAACAUGGCCUCAAGCUGCCAAAACAACAAUGCCAAAGACGCUAAUUCAAACUUUACCAAUGAUGACAACUGCAUGUAUGAUGUUGUAGGAGCUAAUUGUCAGUGUGUUACUACAACUACUACUGGUUGCCAGGUAAAUAGUCCUGCUGACAAACAAAAUAUUUUACCUGAUCUGUCACCUGCUUCAUUAGGGGUUAACAUAGGGCAUGGCAAGAAUAAUUUCAAGUCGGCUACCAAAUCAAUAGCGGAAACUUCUGUUCAGCCAGUCAUUAACCUUUUUGUGAUUAACGUUAACACUGAUGGUAAGUCUUCCAUGGAGCAAUCUAGGAAGCAGCCUCUCUCCGACUCCAGACUUGUGUCUAUCUUGCCCAAACCUCCACAGCCCAGUCCUGUUACUGUAGUUAACCAAAAGCAGGAGACCGGCUUAAGAAUGUCAAAUAAUGGUCCGGUUAGUUCGAAAACAUCAUCAGUUGUCCAAACGUCGGAGUACACAAUUGAUCGAACGUCUGCCGAAACUCAGACAACUGGAGACUAUGUUUUGAUGAAAGCUAUGCAGUCGGCCAACAUACCGAUUCAGAAGGAAUCAAGAGGCGCACAGGUAUCCCCGAGGGCUAGGGUUCGAGGAGUCAAACGAACCCUUCCUACCCAGAUGACCUCGACCAGCGUACAGACUGGAACAGAUGCUCAUCCCAUUCUGCGGCGUAAGCGACGAAAGAAACUGCCAAAAGCGAGCGAUGCGGCUUCAGCCAGUACGUCCUCGACAGUUUCACAAGCGACGAGCCCGGCAUUUCCUAUGCCCGAUCUGCUUGACUUCGGGUUUUCCGAUUGUGAGACGCAGACUAUGGCCUUGAUUGAAGAGUUGGAGGCAUCAUUGGCUGCCAGUACCUCCACACAGACGAGGGAAAGUUACCUAGCAAAUCCACUUGCCGAGCCGGUGAUGCCACAGCCACCUCUCCCUAUGCAGACUAUAGAAACGCAGACAUUAAGUGUAGACACUGGAGUUGAUACGACAGAAGGAUUCAGCCUCUUGAAUUUCCUGAACACUGCAGACGGCUCAAAUGAUCAUCAAGACAGUGGGGUUCAGACCCCAUCGAUCCCUUCAUUUGAUCACACUCUGACUCUUGAGAACCCUGUGAGGCUCCCUGAUGCCAGUCUUUCAAUGGAACUCCCACCUCAACAACUGCAGCCUGUGAUGAACGUCCUCAACCCUGGAGGCUCCCUCUAUGAUGCAAGUGCACAAACAACAGAGGUCUCCACUGCCAUCCAGACACAAACCAUUGACACCAUGUUCUCUCAAUUACUGAGCAACAUGGAGACACAGACCAGUGACGAUCUACCGUUAUUGGAAUUGGGCUUCGCGGAUAAUCAAACCCAAACGCCAUUCGAUCUUGACCUGAUUGAAUCGCAGGCUAAUGUCGAGACGCAGACCGCACUGCAUGUUUCUGCAUCAAAUACAAAUAACGUUCAAUCUAUUGAUACGGAAACUCAAACACUCUUUCCUAACCUAACGUUAACUGAUUCACAUACUCAGACGAGUUUGGCUGAUCUUGAAAAGUUCAUGAAUCUCUAAGGUAUUCUUGUCUAGUAGAUACCUUGCCUGGCAACUCAUUUUUCCAGAUGUUAACCCGGCUUGUUAAAUAUCAUUAAGGUUUUUUGUUUGUACAGUCAUGACUGUAAUUGUCCAGUAAUCAAUAAUGCUGGAAGAGGUGGACGAUUUAAGUUUUAAUUUCUCGUGGAUCUGCCUAUGAGGUUAGUAUCGAGUUAAAAUAUUUUGGGGAUCGAAUCUACGCAUCGUUUUGCGAUUGAGUUAGCAAGCGAGUAAUCAUUUGCCAAAAAGCAUGUUUGAACCACUCUGGUCCUUUACCAGAUUUAGAUUGCUUAGAUUGUGUUGUGUCCUAUGCUUACACACAUGUACAUUGGAAAUGUAUUACAUUCAUUGUACAUGUAUAUUUAUUUCCUCACUAUAGUAUCUAAUGCUUC